AUGCCGUCCCACACAUCCAAAGACCUGCUGGCAGCCCUUCUCAAGACGACCGAGGCCGACAUCAUCCCCCUGACGCGCGAGGGCGUCACGUCGGGCAGCAAAGUCUUCGGCGCUGCGAUCCUCUCCGCCGCCUCCCUGGCACCCUACACCGUCGCCACCAACGACGAGCGCACCUCGCCCCUCCUCCACGGCGAGAUUAACUGCAUCCAAAAGUUCUACACCGUCUCCCACCCGGACCCCGCCUCGCGGCCGAGCCCUGGCGACGACUGCGUCUUCUUCGCCACCCACGAGCCCUGCAGCCUCUGCCUCAGUGGCAUCACCUGGUCCGGCUUCAAGGAGCUCUACUUCCUCUCACUCUUGGAGUUCACCGCACUGUGUCGUCGCACGAGCUUCGCUGUUAGCCCGACGUAUCACGGUCCUCACGGCCACGACCCCGCGGGCUAG